UGCGCGCAAGUGAGCGAUUUUUGAUGCUUUUUGCCGGUGGUUUUCGCGAGAGCACAGCUGUGAACAGCUGUGUUUCGCGACCUUCGCAGGUGUCGUAAUCACCGGCGAUGAUUUGUUUUGUUGACUAGUUAGACAGGUGCGGUUAAACGGUAGCCCCGCAGUAGUUAGAAACAGAUGGCGCCGAACGCACCUGCGAAGCCGGAAGCUAUGUGGGUCUUCGGGUACGGUUCGCUAAUGUGGAAGGCUGAUUUCCCAUACAACCGCAAGCUCGUUGGUUACGUCAAGGGGUACGUGCGUCGGUUUUGGCAGGCCAGCGAAGACCACCGCGGCGUGCCCGGCAAGCCUGGACGGGUGGUGACUUUGGUGCCUUCGACUGACCAAAACGACUGCGUUUGGGGCGUCGCUUACGAAAUCCCGGAGGGCGAGAAAGAUGACGUCAUCGGCCGCCUAGACUUCCGUGAGAAGGAUGGCUACGACAGGGUGCAAGUGACGUUUUACCCGGGCAAGUCCGAAGAGAAGCCCUUUCCACUCACGAUCUACGUGGCACAGAAGGAGAAUCCUUUCUACCUGGGCCCUGCCAAUGCGUUGGACAUUGCCCGCCAGAUCCGCAGCGCCGAGGGCCCAAGCGGCUCCAACCGGGAGUAUUUGCUCUCGCUCAUUGAGUGCAUGCGCAACAUCGCGCCGCAUGUCCGCGACCAGCACUUGAUGGAAAUCGAGCAAAACCUGCUUAACCUUGAGACGAGCGGAAAAAAAACGCCGCCGUCACCGCACCUCCAGUCAACGAGCCACCACAACCAGAUGGCCGGUCACAACUCGCCUUCCGGCCGCAGCCAAUCUGCCGGUCACAGCCCAUCUGCUAGUCGCAACCCAUCGGCUGGUCACCACCGCUCGUCUAGCCGCCACGACGAGAAUCGAAGAGGGCAGCACGAUGACAACCGCCGCGCGGAGGUGGCUUGACGUGUAUGUUGACUGAGUGUGGAUGGUAGGAAUUUGGGUACGUGGACUCUUUCAUUGGGAGCCGAGACUUUUAUCUCAAAGAAAAAGCGUUCAUCGCGGGAGACCUAACCGAAUUGACGUGACAUGCUGGCAGCUUUUACAGAGAUCUUGCCUCGUCAACAAAAUGCCUGAGUACUUCUAUUCAAGAGUCAAGCGCGUCAAAGUUCAAGAAAAUUGCAGCAAGAAUCGCUCCAUCCACUGUAUUAAUGAAAAUUUGGAUCUACUAAAGUUACACUGCUGGUUCCAGCACUGCGACAGUGAGCUUUUUAAUUGGAUGUUGAGAUUUCCUUUUAAACAAUGGCAUUAGGCAUGAAAGAUUUAUGCCGUUGUCGCACUGUGCCGCUGAUUUCUGUCAAACCAAAUAAGGAUCAGAUUUAUUGACAGGUAUUUGCUCAUUCCUGCAGUUUUUGUAAAGGAACAAAUUAUGAUCAUGGAAAUUGAUACAGAUCAGGCCUGGUUGUGAUCAUGUGGCAAUGUUACCGAUGAUAUUGGUGAACAUCUAUGGAAGCUUUUAAUAAUAGUGUUCUUACAAUAGAUUAUAGAUUGUCAACAAUAGUCUGAGUUCUUACAUUCAAUACAAGUCGUGGACACUGAGGUCUUAUAAAUUUUUGCAAAAAAAUGACAGUGUAAAAAUCACUUUGAUCGUGUUGUAGUGACAAUUUGUGAAAUCGCACCAUGUCAAUAUCUAUGUCAAAACAGCAUAAACUUGCAUUGCUAGCGUGAAAAUUCAAACUCAUUUGCAUGUACUUCUGUUAGGUGUGAUAUAGAAAUGGACAAGUAUACAUUUGACGAAAUUUGGCCCACUACUAAGCUUGGUGACAAAUGCUGCUGACAAGUUCUAAGAAAUUAAUGACCUGUCGUUUAGGUGAACCUCCAUACAAUUAUACUUCAAGGGGCCCUCCAAGAUUUCUCAAGACCUCAUUCUUUCUCUAAUGGGUUUCCUAGACUGAAGGCUAAAGAGAUUAGUGCAGCAAAAAUGGCAGCGAUAGGGGCACACAUUUCAAAGUUAUUGUGUCUUGAACAUUUAAAAUACAAUAAAAUGGACGCCUACCCUCAACUCGAUUUUCGCAGGAUCACAUUACCACAUUUCUCUCGCCCUGUGAUGUGGAAUGGCUGCCCAAUAGAACUGAAAGCUCUUAGGGGAAGCUUACAUGCCAUAUUGCCCAUUAUUUCCAAUGUAUUGAUGACACUGUUGCGUUUUAAAAAUUCGAACAGCAUGUAUCAAACGAUGCAGCUCUUGGAACGCUUCUAUAUUUUGUUGUUUUACUCAUCUUUCUUCUUGCAGCGGCAUCUAUAUAUCAAUACUGUUACAUUUUUUUUCCCCUUCACUUUCUUGAAAAAACUGCGCCUAAAGCGUCCAUGGUGCAUUUCCUUCAGCGUCGGAGCAUUUGGUGCAUUCGUUGACCAGCUUUUCAUUACAGUUUUCAAGCUGAAAAAAUCUGAGAGCUUUAGUGUCUUCCUCGUUCAGUGAAAAACUGUGCUGAAUAAAAAAGGAACCUUACUGUAA